CAGUUUCAACCAAAGGAAAAAACUCAAGAAUUAUUUAUUACAAAGAUUUUUUCAAAUAUUCUGAACACGAACGUGAAUCGUUCAUGUUCCACGAUUUUCUGCAAAAACGAAAACAAUGAAAAAGCAUUCAAAUGAAUAACCUAAAAACAAUGGAGUCAGAACUCCAAGACCUAAAUUCAUCAUCAAAACCACCACCGCCACCAGUUCCCGACGACCUUCCUCUUCUCAAACCCAUCACCACCGUCUUCGCUUCCAACACCAUCGACCUCGAGAACAAAUUCUCCCCUUACGUUCGCCGUGAUGUUUAUGGCACAAUGGGACGUGGCGAGUUACCUACGAAGGAGAAGGUUUUAUUGGGAGUUGCAUUGGUUACGCUUGUUCCUGUUAGGGUUGUUUUGGCUAUGACGUUGUUGGUUUUGUAUUAUUUGAUUUGUAGGGUUUGUACGGUUUUUUCUGUUCCUAAUAGGGAAGAUGAACAAGAGGAUUAUGCUCAUGUUGUUGGUUGGAGAAGGGUUGUUAUUGUUCAGUGUGGGAAAAUGCUUUCUAGAAUUGUGCUUUUUGUUUUAGGGUUUUAUUGGAUUAGACAAUCUUCUUUUUGUGCUCAUCAAAACCCUACCUCAUCAUCCAAUGAGAAGAAAAAUAAAAGCCAGCCUGCACAGACGGGAAGACCCGGUGUAAUAAUAUCUAAUCAUGUAUCAUACAUUGAUAUUUUGUAUCACAUGUCUAACUCAUUCCCAAGUUUUGUUGCUAAGAGAUCAGUGGGUAAAAUUCCUCUAGUUGGUCUCAUCAGUAAGUGUCUUGGUUGUAUCUACGUUCAGCGGGAGUCAAAGACAUCAGACUUCAAGGGUGUUUCAGCUGUUGUCACUGAAAGAAUUCGAGAAGCUCAUCGAAAUGCAUCUGCUCCAAUUAUGAUGUUAUUUCCAGAAGGUACAACCACAAAUGGAGAAUAUCUCCUUCCAUUCAAGAGUGGUGGUUUUCUGGCGAGUGCACCAGUACUUCCGGUAAUUUUAAAUUACCAUUACCAGAGAUUUAGUCCUGCCUGGGAUUCCAUAUCAGGGGUGCGUCAUGUGAUUUUUCUUCUCUGUCAGUUUGUAAACUAUAUGGAAGUGACAGAGUUACCUACGUACUAUCCCUCACAACAAGAGAAAGAUAAUCCCAAACUAUAUGCAAAUAAUGUUAGAAAGUUGAUGGCUACUGAGGGUAAUAUGUUACUUUCAGAUAUUGGGCUAGCUGAGAAACGAAUAUAUCAUUCUGCUCUUAAUGGUUUGUUUUCUCAAUGCUAAUCUGGCUUUGUGCCCUGUGUAUUCACUGGAUGGUACUAUUAUGUCAUGAAAAAGAAAGUUAACAUAGAAAAUUCUUUGCUGAGCAAGAUUCAUAUUUGAAAUGUAUCUGAUCAUGGAUCCUUCUUUUAGAGCAUAGUGCCGUUCAGCAUAGAGACUUUCUGGUACUAAUUUUUGGCUGAUCCUCUCAAGUGUGAGGUGGUUUACAGUAUAAUGGCUGAUUCUGAUCAUUUGUUUUAUUGCUUAGGGAGAUUUAGAGCCUGUUUGAAACACUUCCCAAAAACUCUUUUAGUUUUUAAAAACUUGAAAAUUAAAACUUUUUUGCUAAAUUAAUUUUUAAAAUUACAGUAUUGGAAACUGUUUUGAACUUUUUAGUUUUGAGGACUAAAACUAAAACAUGUAAAAAGAUAACUAUUGUGAAAAAGGGAUUUGUAUAUUUCAAAAACUGAAAACAAAAACUAUUUCAAACAGGCUCUUAGCUCCAAGUUUUUAACCUAGUAAUCUUGACAAGUGCUGAAGGUUUUAUACUAAAUGGUAGGAAUUGUAAUAUAUAGGAACACAGAAGCACGUAAAUAUGUAAAAUAUUUGAUUUUAUGAAUUUUACUAUCAUCUAGUUUGAAUUUUUUAUAUUUUA